CACUAAUAUCAAAGAUGGGGCACUAUUUCCCCCCCACUGACACCAACGAUGCGGCACUAUUCCUCCCCCACUGACACCAACGAUUGGGCACUAUUCCUCCCCCCACUGGCACCAACUAUGGGGCACUAUUCCCCCCCCACUGACACUAACAAUGAGGCACUAUUCCUCCCCUCACUGACACCAAUGAUGGGGCACUAUUCCCCCCCAACACUGACAUCAAUGAUGGGGCACUAUUCCCCCCCCCCCCCACAACCGACACCAAUGAUGGGGCACUAUUCCUCCCACUGAUACCAAUGAUGGGGCACUAUUCCUCCCACUGAUACCAAUGAUGGGGCACUAUUCCUCCCACUGAUACCAAUGAUGGGGCACUAUUCCUCCCACUAAUACCAAUGAUGGGGCACUAUUCCUCCCACUGAUACCAAUGAUGGGGCACUAUUCCUCCCACUGAUACCAAUGAUGGGACACUAUUCCUCCCACUGAUACCAAUGACGGG